AUGUGCUUAGUAAUUUAUUUUUGUCAGGAGCCUAAGAAAGAGACGAUUUCAUUCUUGUUGAAUAACCAGACUUCAACUUUUUCCGGCAUCAGAAAGAAAGAUGAGAAGAUCUCUCGUGCGAUGGUUUCUCGUGGUGGACGCAAUGAAAUGCUAAAAAAUUGUUCUACUUCAAAUUCUAAUUCUAAUUGGAAGCCCGCGAUGAGCAUCAUGUUUUUAGGCGUUUUCUCGAUCCUCAUUCCGUUUAGUGUCGGAGAGCGUGUAACGUUUUCGGUGACAAUUUUAUUGUCUUUGGUUUUGUUUUUGGUGAUUCUCUCCGAGUACUUGCCACGGUCCGAAAGCCGGACGAUGCUAACGAACCAGCUGCACACCCUGAUGAUCGUUAGCAGUGUCCUGUACGUCAUGGCCAUAAUAAUCCUUUUGACUGCUGCACAGCAAGCUGAGAUGACCGAGCGUUUGUUGCAGAAGUUACCACAGGGCUCUCUUCUGCGCAGAGUUUGUUCGUUCCUCGCGGCACCGGGUUACCCGGUCCGCGUCCGAUUGAGUAGCCAUGUGGGAAGACUGUUGCAGCGGUCGUCAUCCAUGACAGGAGAGUAUUUCUGGAGCCCCUCACCAAAAGCAGCUAAGCCAAGUCCCUAUAGCGCAGCUGGUGUUCGUUUGAAGAGGGAGCAAAGCGGGGUCAUGCCACGGGCCGGCAAAUCAUCUCUGUUGACGAUGAACACCGACAAGAAGGUUCAAGUAAAGGAUGCAUCAGAACAAUCGGAAAGGAAUGAUUUAGCUAAGGUACUAGCAACAGGCACAGAUGAAGUUGAAGAGCAGCAAGCACAAUCAAAAGGGAGCGCAGUAGCCCUCGAGGCGCAGAGAAAAAGCCCCUAG